GAAGGCCGCACACCUCUACAUUAUGCAGCCAGCCAGGGACAUAGGGAGGUUGUGGAGGUGUUAUUACAGAACAAGGCAAAUGUGGAUGAGAAACGUCAAGAUGGCAGCACACCUCUACAUGAUGCAGCCUGGCAGGGACAUAGAGAGGUUGUGGAUGUGUUAUUACAGAACAAGGCAAAUGUGGAUGAGAAAGAUAAGGAAGGCCGCACACCUCUACAUGAUUCAGCCUACGAGGGACAUAGAGAGGUUGUGGAGGUGUUAUUACAGAACAAGGCAAAUGUGGAUGAGAAAAAUAAGGAAGGCCGCACACCUCUACAUAAUGCAGCAUACCAGGGACAUCGGGUGGUUGUGGAGGUGUUAUUACAGAACAAGGCAAAUGUGCAUGAGAAACGUAAUGAUGGCAGCACACCUCUAAAUGAUGCAGCCUACGAGGGACAUAGAGAGGUUGUGGAGGUGUUAUUACAGAACAAGGCAAAUGUGGAUGAGAAAGAUAAGGAAGGCCGCUCACCUCUACAUGAUGCAGCCUGGCAGGGACAUCGGAUGGUUGUGGAGGUGUUAUUACAGAACAAGGCAAAUGUGGAUGAGAAACGUCAAGAAGGCAGCACACCUCUACAUCAUGCAGCCUACCAGGGACAUCGGGAGGUUGUGGAUGUGUUAUUACAGAACAAGGCAAAUGUGGAUGAGAAAGAUAAGGAAGUCCGCACACCUCUACAUCAUGCAGCCAGCCAGGGACAUAGGGAGCAGAACAAGGCAAAUGUGGAUGAGAAAGAUAAGGAAGGCCGCACACCUCUACAUUAUGCAGCCAGCCAGGGACAUAGGGAGGUUGUGGAGGUGUUAUUACAGAACAAGGCAAAUGUGGAUGAGAAACGUCAAGAUGGCAGCACACCUGUACAUAAUGCAGCCUACGAGGGACAUAGAGAGGUUGUGGAUGUGUUAUUACAGAACAAGGCAAAUGUGGAUGAGAAAGAUAAGGAAGGCCGCACACCUCUACAUGAUUCAGCCUACGAGGGACAUAGAGAGGUUGUGGAGGUGUUAUUACAGAACAAGGCAAAUGUGGAUGAGAAAAAUAAGGAAGGCCGCACACCUCUACAUAAUGCAGCAUACCAGGGACAUCGGAUGGCUGUGGAGGUGUUAUUACAGAACAAGGCAAAUGUGGAUGAGAAACGUCAAGAUGGCAGCACACCUCUACAUGAUGCAGCCUACGAGGGACAUAGAGAGGUUGUGGAUGUGUUAUUACAGAACAAGGCAAAUGUGGAUGAGAAAGACGAUAAAGAAGAAACUGCUUUACAAAAAGCAGAGGCACAACAUCACGAUGAUAUUGGA